AUGCAACACAUAGCUACGCCAGGAAUUCUGCUGGUCCUGGCCCUCAUCGUCGUUGUUGUACAAUCAUUGAAGCUAUGGCGAAACUAUACCAAAGCGAAGGGAACCGGUCUUCCCGUCGUCGUCACUCCACUGCUCGAGACACAAGUUCUUGCCCAGAUUGCAACCCCCAUUCUUCGCACCAUAUAUAUUAACUCUCUUGAUGAGGGUAAAGGAUGGCCUCGAUGGUGCCGCUUUAUGAUCAAAGACUGGUCAUGGGAGGAUAAGCGGCUGGCCCACGAGGAAUAUGGUGACGUUUUUAUUGUCGUAUCCACUGAGGGCAUGAUUUGCUACAGUGCAGAUGCGAAGAUGGGCUGGGACGUGAUGAACCGUCGAUACGAUUUCACAAAACCGCGAGAUAAAUACAAACUCCUCGAACUCUAUGGACCGAACGUGGCAACCGCCGAAGGAGCUGAGCACCGUUUCCACCUACGCAUCACUGCACCGCCCUUAUCAGAUGGCAGUGGUGUCAACGACCUUGUCUGGACAGAAACUAUGCGCCAAACCCGCAAUCUUCUUCCUAAAUGGGAGCAAGAGUCCCCUGGAAAUCUGCAUGAAGACGUCAACGCUCUGACACUUGCAGUUAUUUCUCUUGCGGGCUUUGGCAAGAAGCUCGACUCGGUGACAGAACAGACCCAGGAUAUUCCGUCAGGAUAUAAGAUCAGCUUUCUGAGAGCCAUAACGGAUACGACGGCGUUUAUGGUCGCUAUUCUAGUAUUUCCGGCGUGGCUGUUAAGAGUCUCUCCGCUGGCAAAGGCGACACUGGCACAUGCAGAGCUGGACAAAUAUCUUCGUGCUAUGAUCCAGGAGGAGCGGGAAGCGCUGGACAGCGGUGGAAGUGUGGCAUCUCGUGGACCGUCAGGAAACCUAAUGCAGACGCUACUCAAGUCAUCUUAUGACGUUGCGCAGGAGAAACAGCAGCAACAAAAGGGAGCUCCCUCGGAGCCAAGUAAAAAGCAUGCGUUUACCGAGUCCGAAGUUUUGGGAAAUUUGUUUAUCUAUCUGUUGGCCGGUUAUGAAACCACAGCGAAUGCUAUCGCAUACGGCCUGGUUGUGCUCGCCUUGGAGCCGGAAUUACAGACGCGUGUCGCUGCUGAAGUUGACUCCGUAUGGUCGCAAGCAGCUAUGGAAGGUCGCAGUGAACUCACGUACCAAUUAGACUUUCCCGAGUUGAAAUAUAUGUACGGCUUUAUGUACGAAACUUUCAGGCUCUACCCUGGCGUUACGCUCAUCACAAAAAUGUGCCACGAAGCCCAGCGCGUUUGCGUUGGGAACACCUCACACAUCCUCCCGCCAGGCUGCCGCGUCUAUUUAUCCACUCCAGGCGUCCACUACAGCGAGAAGUAUUGGGAGAAUCCCAAAGAACUAAGACCGGAGCGAUGGUCUGAGAGCUAUUCUUUCAGCGAUAAAAAUACGAGCAGGCCCACGGCAGCGCCGAGCUCUGCGAAAUCCCACGCUAAAACUGCCGCCAUCGCAGCCGAUAAAACACGCCAAAUGCGUGGCACUUUGCUAACAUUCAGUGACGGGGCUCGCGCCUGCCUCGGCCGCAAGUUUGCGCAAGCAGAAUACAUGGCUUUCUUCUCGGUUCUACUGCACACAUUCGAGAUAACAUUUGCCGAAGGCGUAGAUCGGGAUCAGGCAAGAAGAGAUUUAGAUUUGAAGUGUGCAGGUAAAGUCACGCUUGCGCCGUUGGACGGACAGCGACUAGUUUUAAAGAGAAGGGCAGGACGGUAG